AUGCCCGCGGUCUGCAGAAUCUUUGACGUGCCAAACGAGGUGCAAGUCACAUCCCUGGAUCUGGUUUCGGUUACCGCGCAGCUAGCUUCUUUGGUCGAGCGAAGGUCUGAAAGAGUGAAGACGGUUUUGAUCACGCUCCUCACAAAGGACGCCGAACUGCCAAACGACGAGAGCUGCUCAGAUCUCGCUAUAGCAUUUUUCAUUUGCAGGAAUUGCCGCCGACUGUAUCAUUAUUCUAAAGUCGUAGCGCACCAGUGCGUACGCUUUGAAUAUGUAGACGGCGAGGGUGUUGAUGGGUGGUGCCUGUUGGAUGGGUGCGCGAAGGAUCCUUCGACGACCACGCGUCAGGAUCUCGACGACAUGAGUAUGCGAGUGGGGAGCAUCCAGAGCUUUGACGUGUGGCGCCAUGCGCUAAACGUUGGAGCCAGGGAAGAGGUGAUGUGGCGUAUCGCGACCCCAGGAGAAACGGCCACGGCGAAUGAGGUCGAGGCCAAGCUUGAACAUUCAUCUAUGAAUGGAUACGAGGACCAGCAUGGCUGGUGCUGUCUCCGCACUGCGCAUGCCAGAGAAGAGAAGCUUCCAGAUGGGCCGAAGAUGCUAUGCGCCGUUGCCCCAGCACGUGGGAUGCGACAUGGCACCAUUGAAGUUGUUUUCGUAUCUACUACUUAA